AUGAUCAGAUAUCAGGAUCUUCCCGAGAACGUGGACUGGUUUCAGGCCGAUUACAUUAUAUACAAGCUAGCGGCGACGAGAAACAGCAUGCCCGGUCCCUUGACACUCGCAGCCCCGGCGGCUUUGGCCGGACUAUCCUACAUCAACGCCAGAACAUCCUUCGGCUAUGACUGGAGACUCCUGAGCAGCGCUGCUGGAGCCCAGAUCCGCGCCCUUUUCAGAGAGCGAAGCGACAAGCUGAAUCUCUUCUACAUCCUGGAAAGUCACGCUUUGGGAAAAAGGGCCAACCACCCAGCCCUCAUCUUUGAAGGGCGACAAUGGACCUACGGGCAGCUCUACGUCACCGUGCUGAAGUACGGGACGUGGCUGAAGACGACGUACGACAUCAAGCCCAAGGAGAUUGUGGCGAUGAAUUUCAUGAACUCGGAGAAGUUCAUCUUUCUGUGGAUGGGCCUGUGGGCUAUCGGGGCGAAGCCGGCGUUCAUCAAUUACAACUUGACGGGCAAGGCGUUAGUGCACUGUAUCAAGGUUGUGAAGGCUCGUUUAUUGAUCGUCCAUCCGGAGCUAAGCGGCAAUAUCACUCAGGAAGUCCGAGAUGAAUUCUCCGAUGUAGACUUUGAGGUGCUCACACCCGAACUAGAAGUCCAGAUAGCGACUAUCCAUGGUGUGCGGGAGCCAGACUCAGCAAGGACUGAAGACAAGAGCCAAAACAUGGCCAUAGUAAUCUUCACGAGCGGUACCACGGGCCUUCCAAAAGGUGCCAUUGUCAGCUGGAACAAGAUCAUAGUCGGGAGUGGCUUGGUGCCAGGCUGGAUGUCGUUCACCAAAGACGACAUUUUCUACACGAGCAUGCCCCUCUACCACUCCUCCGCCGCCGUCCUAGGCUUCUGCACUUGCCUCGGCGUAGGCGCCACCUUCUCCCUCGGCAAGAAAUUCUCCACCAAAUCCUUCUGGCCAGAAGUCCGUGCCACGCACGCAACAACCAUCCAAUACGUUGGCGAAACCUGCCGCUAUCUCCUCUCCGCCCCUCCCCAGAUUGACCCCGGGACAGGCGAGAACCUGGACCGGAAGAACAACGUGCGUCUAGCAUUCGGCAACGGCCUCCGCCCUGACAUCUGGAACCGUUUCAAGGAGCGCUUCGGUAUCGAGGCUAUUGCCGAAUUUUACACGGCGACGGAGAGCACGUCGGGGGCUUGGAACUACUCGCGCAACGACUUCUCCAAGGGUGCCAUCGGCCGCAUCGGCACGUUCGGGUCCCUCCUCGUGGGUGGCACUCAGGUAAUGGUAGAACUAGACUGGGAGACCGAGAUGCCGAAGCGCGAUCCUGCAACCGGUCUCUGCCGACCAGUCAACAAAGGGCAGGCCGGCGAGCUACUGUACAGGCUGGACCCGGCGGACAUCACGCGGAAGUUCCAAGGCUACUAUGGCAACGCCGGGAGCACCGACAGCAAGAUCCUGCGCGACGUGCUGGCCAAGGGCGACGCCUGGUUCCGGACGGGCGACAUGAUCUCCGCCGACGCGCAGGGCCGCUGCUUCUUCAGCGAUCGCAUCGGCGACACCUUCCGCUGGAAGUCCGAGAACGUGUCCACGAGCGAGGUCUCCGAAGCCCUGGGCACGCACCCCGUCGUCGCCGAGGCGAACGUCUACGGCGUCGAGAUCCCGCACCACGACGGCCGCGCGGGCUGCGUGGCGAUCGUGCUGGCGGAGGGGCAGCCGCCGAGCCCGCGGAUCAUGCGCGAGCUGGCGGAGCACGCGGCGACGCGGCUGCCGGGCUUUGCGGUGCCGCUCUUCUUGCGCGUCACCAAGCAGAUGGAGCUCACGGGCACGAACAAGCAGCAGAAGCACGUCGUGCGGAGUCAGGGCGUCGAUCCGGCCAAGGUCGGGAGCGACGAGCUGUGGUGGCUGAGGGGAGGCACCUAUGUGAGAUUCGGACAGGCGGACUGGCAGGAGCUGAACGGCGGGAGGGUGAAGUUGUAG